ACUUGGGAUACAGGUCCUGAGCCAGGGUGGUCCCACCUCCUCCCCCUGCCUGCACCAGGCCUGACUGAGGCAGACCUGACACCAGCCUUUGACCCCACAUUCAUUUCAGAGCAAACGGCUUUGGAGAGGCAUCCGUCCCACGGUUCUGAUGGUGGGCCUGGGCGCUGGAGUGUGGAUCUGGAUGAGGAAGAAGAUGGAGACUGGGAGAGGUGGGUCUGCUCUCCUGCCCGAGGGGCCCGGCUCAGCAGCUGCUCCCCAGGCCCUUCCCACAGAAGAAUCUGCUGACCUGCACACUGGUGGGGCUGAUAGCCACGACUCCCCCUACAUGAAGAUCAGACUCCUGGGACACCCUGAGAAAGACAUGGAGAAGGGCAGCUGCCAUUCAUACAGCCCUGAGUGUGCUCCAGUAAUCCACACUAUCUAUGAGAAGAUCCAGAAAAGCCCAGAACCCCAGGAUGACACCGAGACCACGGAGACACUGGGGCAGUGAGGGGCCUUCACAAGAUCUCCCCCCCUCACCCUGCACUCCAGGAUCUCAAGAUCUCCCUCUUUAAGGUGGAGCUGGGACUAGACCCCAUGUCUUUCUGACCCAUCCCACUGAGACAGCAGAGCAGCAGGAGCUGCUCCCCUGGGUUCCCACCAAAGUUUUCUCCCUUCACAGUGAUGGUGCUACUCUAAUAUCCAAGUACAAGAGGUAAGCCUUUCAGCAGUCAGCCAGAUUUCUGACCUGUGACCAUCUUAACCCCUUUAGGGAACACCCCUGGUUAGGCGGGACAUGCAUAAGGAUGGUCAGGGGAUAGAGAUGCUUUCCUGGAAUAGGGAGGGUCCUGGUGCCUCUCACAAUGAUGAGUCUUGGGUGAAGGAACUUCAGGAUGUCAUAGCCCAGCCCAGUACCCAAGAAUAGAGAAAGCAAUGGCCUUUGACUAUGGACAAGCCAGAGGCUGGCAGAUACAAGAUUCCGGGUCAACUGUGCCUGGGAGGGGUGGAAAGAGAGGGAAACACUUUUUGAGUUCCACCACCUACCAGGCUUAAUCUAAGCACAGUAAAUGAACUAUCUCAGGAUUUUUCAAAUUCAAGUGAUUCACAGACCCUUUUAUUUUUAUUACAUAAUAUAUCCAUGCAGUGUAAAAGUCAAAAGGCAGGUCUUGUUGACAUGAUAAUGUUUCAGCAUCUUAUUGCUAUUGUAAAUGGGGUCUUGUUCCCAUUAGAUCUUCCAACUAGUUGAUUAAAAUAAUGCACAAAUAACAUAUAUAAAUUUUCCUGUUACUAACUUUCUUUUCUGUUUGUAACAGUUUUUCAUUUGAUCCCUUUGAAUAUCUGACUAAAUAACCAUAUUAUCAACAAAUAAUUAUAAUGUUUGCUUCCUUCUUUCCAAUUUUUAUGACUCAUUUCUUUCUCUUGUCUAAUUGCAUUGGCUAAUACCUCCAAAGCCAUGCUAAAUAAUACUGAUAAAAAUGUCCUUGUAUUGUUCCUCACUUUAAUAUAAAUGCUUCUAGUGUUUCUCCAUUAAGCAUGAUGUUUUUAUUAGGUUAAGACAUAUCCGUUUUGUCGUGUUAGGAAAGCAUGUACUUAUUCUUAUAUUAUAAAGAGUUAUACUGAGAACAAAAUGUUA